GGAACUUCCGGGGCGAGAGCGCACGUGUGGUAAACAAGCAUGGACGCCUCGGACGAAUGGGCCGAUGUGGCCCAAAGUCCCACUUUGAAGAACCUGACGGACGGACGCUUCGGCGAGCUCAAGGCCAGCCAGUGUCAAGCCGUGCAGGAUUUGGUCAAAGCUCACAUUGACUCUUUCGACCAGGCCGUCAGCGAAGGAUUAAGCCGCGUCGUGCAGGCCAUCCCGCCGCUGGAGUUCUCGGUGAAGGGCGAGCGCAUCAGCCUGGCGUUCGUGGAGGCCGCCGUGUACCCGCCCACGGUCUCCAAGGGCAACGUGUGCCGCGAGAUGAGGGUCUUCCCGGCCGAGUGUCGCGCCAGGCGCUGCACGUACAGGGGCAAGAUGGUGGCGGACGUGAGCUGGGCGGUGGACGGCGUCCCCAAAGGGAUCAUCAAGCAGUCGCUCGGACAACUUCCCGUCAUGGUCAAGUCCCGGCUGUGCAACCUGCGCGGAAUGACGCCGCAGCAGCUCGUGCGGCACCACGAGGAGGCCGAGGAAAUGGGCGGCUACUUCAUCGUGAACGGCAUGGAGAAGGUGAUCCGCAUGUUGAUCAUGCCGCGGAGGAACUACCCCAUCGCCAUGUCUCGACCCAAAUGGAAGAGCAGAGGCCAGGGCUACACGCAGUAUGGUGUGUCCAUACGCUGCGUGAAGGAGGAUCACACGGCGGUGAACAUGAACCUUCACUACCUGGACAACGGAACCGUCAUGCUCAACUUCAUCUACAAGAAGGAACUUUUCUUUCUUCCGCUUGGCUUCGCGCUUAAGGCUAUGGUGGACCUAAGCGACUUCGAGAUGUUCUCAGAGCUGAUCAAAGGCGUGGAGGAGAACUCGCUGUUCCGCAGCUGCGCGUGCGAGAUGCUGCGCUUGGUGUCCGAGCACGGCUGCACGUCGCGCGCAGAAGUCCUGGACUACCUGGGCCGGCGCUUCCGCGUUAAGAUGCACGUGCCCGAGUGGUACACCCACCAGGAGUGCGCCGACUUCCUGCUGGACGAGUGCGUCUGCAUCCACCUGAGGACGGGCCUGGAGAAGUUCCGACUGCUGUGCCUGAUGACCCGCAAGCUGUUCAGCUUCGCCAAGCAGGAGAGCCUGGAGGAGAACCCGGACGGCGUGGGCUGCCAGGAGGUCCUCACGCCGGGUCAGCUCUACCUCAUGUUUCUCAAGGAGAGGAUGUCGGCGUGGCUCGUGUCCAUCAAGUUGGCGUUCGAAAAGCGAGGAAGUCGCCUGAGGGGCGGCUGGACGUCGGUAAACGUCAUGAAGAUGUUCAACCUGGGCAACGACCUCACCAAAUACUUCGAAUACCUGCUGGCCACCGGGAACCUCAGCUCCAAAUCCGGUCUGGGCAUGCUGCAGAGCACGGGUCUGUGCGUGGUGGCCGACAAGCUCAACUUCAUCCGCUACCUGUCGCACUUCCGCUGCGUGCACCGCGGCGCCGCCUUCGCCAAGAUGCGCACCACGUCUGUGCGCAAGCUGCUGCCCGAGUCGUGGGGCUUCCUGUGCCCGGUGCACACGCCCGACGGCGAACCCUGCGGCCUCAUGAACCACAUGACGGCCAGCUGCCAGGUGGUCACGCGCUGGCUGCCCACCGUGACGCUGCCCGCCCUGCUCUGCUCGCUGGGCGUGGCCCCCGCCGACGCCGCGCCCGCCCGGCCCUACGCCGACUGCUACCCCGUCCUCCUGGACGGCGCCGUGGUGGGCUGGGUGGAGGCCCAGGUGGCACCCGGGCUGGUGGACUCGCUGCGGAGGUUCAAGGUUCUGCAGGAGAAGAAGAUCCCUCCUUGGACCGAGAUCGUCCUGGUGCCCAAGACGGGCAAAGCCAGCUUGUACCCAGGCGUUUUCCUGUUCACCACGCCGUGCCGCAUGGUGCGCCCCGUGCGCAACCUGGCGCUGGGCGCGCUGGAGCUAUUGGGAACUUUGGAGCAAAUGUACGCCGAGGUGGCCGUGACGGAGGCCGAGGUGCGGCCGGGCGUCAGCACCCACCGGGAGCUUUUCCCGCACAGCAUGCUCAGCGUGGUGGCCAAUUUCAUACCCUACUCGGACCACAAUCAGAGCCCCAGGAACAUGUACCAGUGCCAGAUGGGUAAGCAGACGAUGGGCUUCCCUCUCCACGCCUUCCUGGAGCGCUCGGACAACAAACUCUACCGGCUGCAGACCCCCCAGAGCCCCCUGGUGCGGCCGGCCAUGUACGACCGCUACCGGCUGGACGACUACCCGAGCGGCACCAACGCAGUGGUGGCCGUCAUCUCCUACACCGGCUACGACAUGGAGGACGCCAUGAUCGUGAACAAGUCAUCGUGGGAGCGCGGCUUCGCUCACGGCUGCAUCUACAAGACUGAAAUGGUGGACCUGACCCUCAGGGCGCGGGGCCAGGACGGCGUGGUGUUCGGGACCAAGCCGGGUGACCCCAAGGUCAACGGGCGACUGGACCCCGACGGACUUCCUCCGGUGGGCGCCGUGCUGCGCUACGGCGACCCGUACUACAGCUACCAGAACCUGAACACCGGCCAGGCCUUCGUCACCUUCUACAAGAGCCACGAGGCGUGCGUGGUGGACAACAUCAAGAUCUGCAGCAACGACGGCGGCUCGGGCUCCUUCAAGCGCGUCUGCAUCACUGUGCGAGUGCCGCGCAACCCCACCGUCGGCGACAAGUUCGCCAGCCGCCACGGCCAGAAGGGCAUCCUGAGCCGCCUGUGGCCCGCCGAGGACAUGCCGUUCAGCGAGAGCGGCAUCAGUCCCGACAUCCUGUUCAACCCGCACGGCUUCCCGUCGCGCAUGACCAUCGGCAUGCUCAUCGAGAGCAUGGCGGGCAAGUCGGGCGCCCUGCACGGCCUGAGCCACGACGCCACGCCCUUCGCCUUCUCCGAGGACAACUCGGCGCUGGACUACUUCGGCGAGAUGCUGCGGGCCGGCGGCUACAACUAUUACGGCACCGAGCGUCUCUACAGCGGCACCAGCGGCCUGGAGCUGGAGGCCGACAUCUUCGUCGGCGUGGUUUACUACCAGCGGCUGAGGCACAUGGUGUCCGACAAGUUCCAGGUGCGGACGACGGGCGCACGGGACAAGGUGACCAACCAGCCGGUGGGCGGCCGCAACAUCCAGGGCGGCAUUCGCUUCGGCGAGAUGGAGCGCGACGCCCUCCUGGCGCACGGCUCGUCCUUCCUGCUACACGACCGCCUCUUCAACUGCUCCGACCGCUCGGUGGCGCAGGUGUGCCUCGACUGCGGCAGCUUGCUGUCGCCGCUGCUGGAGCGGCCGCCGCCCACCUGGUCGUCCACGCGCCACCGCCGCACCGUCUGCGCGCUCUGCGGCAAGAGCGACUCGGUGGACUCGUUGUCCGUGCCGUACGUCUUCCGCUACUUUGUGGCCGAGCUCGCCGCCAUGAACAUCAAAGUCAAGUUGGAGGUCAAGUGAACCACUUACAUGCACACUUCCGAAAUAACACAUUUGCUCAUUACGAUGUGAAGACACUGAUCAUGUAAAUGACUCCUCGCAAGAAUCGUCAACCAUAUUUUAACGAGCACGUUUUUGGGGUGUCCUCAUCAGAAUCGCACGGAAAUGUGGCAGAAGGGAAUGUCCUGCUCUUUUUAAUGCAGUGCACACCAUCUUAGGAGAAAAGAACUAAACAUGUUUUUCCUGCAUCAUCUCCACUCAAAUGUACACCUCUAGUAAAAUUCAUCAAAACAUAUUGCACAGAGUUGAGGCAGGGGGCAGCGCGGUGCCGACAAAACCCAGAAAGUCCCACGAAAGAGCAAAACCUGGACCUGGGAGAGCGUCGGACGAGAGCUCAGAAACAAUCGCACUCUUGUUAUAUAUGAUCGCCAUGGCAACAUUCUGGCGAGGGAUUAUCGUUCAAAUAUAUUUGUCUAUUAAAAGUCAAAGCAUUUCCUUC